AUGAUUCCGAGAUAUUGGUCCCUGCUUCUGAUUCUGAUUCUGACGAAGAGUCGCAGCUGGAGGUGGAAAAGCCCUUUCGGUCGGGGGGAGGCCUGCGUGACGCGGGAGGCCUCUCCCAAGCUCAGCGGAAAUCCAGACGGACUCUUGGAUCGGGCAGCAACAUCAACGUUUGAAGCUGAUAAAGAAGCUGCUGUCGCAGAUCUUGGCAAAGAGGUCAGACAGGAUAUCCAGCCGUCGCCCGAUGUUGCUAUUGCACGCCUCGAUGUGGAAAGGAAAUUCAUAAGGGUUUUAGAUAGCCCAAUAGGCGGCCUACAUUCGAAUUUAUCAUGUCUGUCCAUCACGCCAGGGGCACACUUAUGGACCGAACGCGAAGUAUCCCCUCCAUCGACUCUCGAAUGCUCGCGAGUGUCUCCCGCGCUCGAGCGCUCGACGACGCCCACGGCGCCAUACACUCGCUCCUUUGUGGACGUUGACGGUUGGGGCGCGAUUGCGUUCGAGGAUGAUGAUCCGGUUGCCAUCUUGUCGUGGGAGCCCAAGGCAUCUGAACCAGACUCCGCAUCUGAUCUUGACAUCCUCGGCUAUCAGGCGGAGAAUAGUGGCACGUUGAAUAACCGUGCCAGUGGGGUCAUGAUCCCUGACUCGGAUGGUCCUCUGCCACAGGGAGAUGGCGGAGAAGAUGCGGAGCUCUUGGCCAGCAACAAUGAAGCAACGUCGCCUAUCUCAAUUGACGACCAUAUGCCCGACUAUGAGUCGUGGGAUGUCAAGGAAUUGCAACGCCUGACUACAGGAUACGGCUAUCGGUCUUUCAAGAACCAUACAGUGCUCGUCAGAUUGGCCAUAGAAUGCUGGAAGGCUUUGGCUGCUGAUCCCGAGUCGCCCUCGAGCCCGCCCGGUCCUUUACUAGACAGUGCGACUUGGUCUGUGGCUGUCCAGUCUUUACCUGGCGGUCAAGUGGGUGACAUCGCUGAGACGGAAAAUUCACAAGCUACCGAGAUGGGUUGUCAGGAGGUCAAGAAGCCUGGAGUCGAAGUGGAUCUUGAUCAAGUCUUUUACGGUGUUAUCAAAGAGGAUUUUGAUCUUUAUCUACGAGUGCUUCGAUUCGAGCCCUUGAGCUUGGAUGAGCUCAUCAGUAAAUGUCUAAGAGCUGGCAUCACCAAAAAAGGCUGGAAGGCCCAUCUGAAACGUUAUCUGGAUUUGCAAAGCAUAACUUAUUUUACGGAAGACCCUACCAAGCAACGCCAGAGACACUGA